AUGGAACGAAUUCCGCUGCCCGGUAAGAAGUACAAAGUUUCGAUAACUCACUUUGUGGUGCUUAUGAUUAUCGUUAUAGGAAUCCAGGUUUUUCAUCAAUUUCCAACUCAUGUUUUUUCUGAGUCCAGGGCACAUAUCUUGGAUAUUUUGUUGGAAUGCUGACCACUUUGGAGCGGAGAUUCGGUUUUACAUCCGGCAAAUCUGGCUUAUUACUGUCGUUCUAUGACAUUGGCCAUACCAUCGCCAUUCUUGUAGUCGGCUAUUUUGGAGCCAGGAGUCACUUACCACGAAUUACGGGAAUAGGUUGACUUUUUUAAAUUUGUUCAUUGACUUCUUCUCUUGUCAGGUGUUCUCUUAAGUGCCUUUGCGAUGGCUCUUCUGGCUUUGCCUGUUGUUAUUUAUGGGACGGUCGAUUCAGCUUCCGAACAGCUAUUACAACAAAAAGUCACAAAAUGAUACCAGUGUUGAUUCAACUUGAUGAAAAGUUAUAGGAGAUGUAUGGCUAUGAAAUGAGCUGCAAUCCAGAUCGCGAACUUUCUUCUCAAGGCGAAGAUUGUAAGAAAGAACAUAGAGAGCACACGGUGAUCAUUUUUUCUCUUUUUUUCUCAGUUCUCAAGUUUUAUCGAAACUUCUUUUCGGUUCUUUUAGCAAUGGUAAAGUGAUAUCGCAAAUUUAGGCACCGCAGAAAAAUAUUGUUUGAAGUUUUUACUAUUCCGAAGAAACUGGUGAUUCUUGAAGGGUUCGACAAAAAUUUUUCUUUUAAGUUUGUGGAAUUUCCGUCAACGCUCUCUAUUUAUAAAAAUGAGUUUUCAAACUUCGAAAUGAAUUUUGAGUUCAUGAAUACAGAAAAAAAAGGAAAAUUAAUCAAAAGUUGAUGAUUUCAGGUUGUUUUCAUAAUAUUGGCUAUUGGGCAAUUUUUGGCCGGAGUUUUUGCCGCUCCUUUCAACACCUUGGCUUACGUUUACAUCGACACGAACGUCAAAGACAAACGAGAAUCUCCUUUCCUUUUGGGUUUUUUUUUUCAGAUAGAAUUUUUUAGAUUAUUAAAAUACUUCUCUUCAGGCUUGCUAACAUCGAUGUAUGCCUUUGGUCCAGCUCUCGGCUUUGCUCUUUCUUCAGGGCUCACACAAGUUUACACGACUCUUGGAACCCGUGAGUUAUAUGAAUAACAAAAAAGUCAAAAAACGAACUGAAAGAAGUCGAUUUCAGCUCCAUUGCACAUCGGAGUUCAUGAUGAGCACUGGAUCGGCGCCUGGUGGAUGGGCUUCCUCAUCUGUUCUCUUCUGUACUUUCUCGUCAGCAUACCUUUCUACUUCUUUCCGAAGACCUAUUUGUCAGUAAACCAUGUGCGUUUGAAAAUGAAUCCAAUUUCUAGCCAUCCUGGUACCAGUGACCCUUUGAUGGACAAACAUCGUUCACGGGCUUUAAUGAGAGAAAAUGAGGAUAUGUCGACGAAAGAACGGUUUCUACAGGCGUUGAGAGGUUUUUCCAAGGAAGUUUUUAUUUUUAAAUGAAGUUAAAUGUUCAAAAAAAUGGUCGAAUUAUGCAGAGCUCGAAAUAUGACUUUUAAAGUUGACCUUGAAGAUCCCUGAACACAACUUGAACAUUUCUGCGCAUCCUGCCUUUGAGUAGUAUAACAAUUCUGCCCGCAGGGAAGAUAAGAUUAUUUUUCAAACGGGUUGAAAUUAAAUUAUUUAUCAUUCAAGUCUGCAUUCUUCUCUUCUUUUAGCAGAUGCAGAAAAAGCCGGAAGCUUCAGAAAUCCCGGAUAUUCGAUUAAAAAUAUCUAUUUUGAUGGAUAUCUCCAAACACCCCACGUCAGUAUUUUGAUUAACGAUCAGAGGAAUUCCAGACUUUCCUUACAUCGUUUACGAUUUGGUACGGAACCGUGUUUUUGUCACAAUGGUGAUUGCUUGGAUGUUUGGAUCUUACCUGAUCGGUGGAUAUCAAACUUACUUACCAAAGUACAUCGAAACUCAAUACGGGAGAAGCGCUAGCAUGGCAGAUGUUUAUGCAGGUUGAUUUAUUCAUUAUGAUUUAAGGAUUACUGAGGGAUUCCAGGAACGAUAUCGAUUGGAGCGAUAGCGGUUUCAACGGCGCUGGGAGGUUGGCUUUUGACAAAGUACAACAUCGCCCCGAGGUCAUCCAUUUUGUGCCUUUUUGGCUGUUGGACUGUUAUUUUGGUAAGUUACCGAUUUAUAUUGAAGUAGCGUUCGAUAAAAAAAACGCUCUUUUUUAUCUUAAAUCAAUCGAAAUUGAAAAACAACCCUGAUUUUUCUUCUUGUGCCUUUCAAGCCAUUCCAACUGCAGUUCUGCUUUUCAAAUGGGUUAGAAAAUAUUAAAAGUUUCAAUUUUUUUCAGAUGAGUUAUAUAAUUGGAAUGUUUUUGGGCUGCGAUCAACCUAAUAUGGACGGACUACACUAUUUUGAGCCAUAUGACAGGUUUUACCAUUUUCCAUUCUCUUCUAACUUGGCACAAGAACAAUUCAAAAUUCUAUUUUUUUUUUCUUGAUUCUUUCAUGGCAAUUUGUGACCAUGAUCUGUAGACAGUAAUUAGAGAAAUGUGAUUUUCAAUUAAAAGCUUUCAAGAUGGAAUUUCUACUCUUCGGAAGAGAUGCUUAAAGAUUGCAUCAGCGAUUGCAACUGUAACGGAGUUUUCCGAUUCGAUGCUGUCAAUUAUGAUGGUCAGAACUUUUUCUCGCCGUGUCAUGCUGGCUGCCGCAACUACAAUCCUUUCACGGAUGUGGUGAGAUUUCAUUGGUUCUUUCAAUAAAAAAAGUUUGAAAAAAAUCUGGUGGGUCAUUUAUUGUGUCAUUUUACCCAAACUUUAUUUCUGCUUCGUUGAACUUUUUAUAAAGAGAGUAUUUUCAUUUCGAAGUGGGAAAUUUCUGGAAAUUUGGCCAGAAUAAAUUCUUUAGUUUAGAGAAUAGAAGAUCUAAGUUAGAAAAUAACUCGUUUUGAAAUGCUUCGAUGACUUUCUUCGACUUUCCAGUUUUGUUUUGCAAAAAUUAAGAAGCUGUGCAGAUCGAGACUGCCAGGAUUCUUUUCAGGUUCAUCUGGAGGAUUUUUUGAAAGCUUUUAAAGAAUUUCAAGCCGCCAAGUAGAAUAAAUGUUCUUUCCAUUGAGCAUAUACGUAUAAACGAGAGAAAGACAUGAAGGUUUUGCAGUGGUCGGACUGUCAAUGCGCACUUGGGGGCUCAGUUAGCAAGGGUCUGAUCCACCCCACCUGCGAUAUUUUCUUCGCUUACUUCGCCGUCAUGUUUAUCGGUCUCUUUUUCGGGAAUCUGUUUUUCAUGGUCACGAUGAUGAUUGUACUGAGGUAACACAAGAUUUAUUUGAUUCCUUUUUCUCACUUGCUAUGUAUUGAAACGAUCUGGUUCGUCUAAGUUUUUCGCAUUAAGUUCAAACCAGAGAAAUAAUCACGGAUUUGAAACCUGCUCAAAAAUGGCUGAAAUUUAAUCAGAAGCCUUCAGCUUCAUUGCGUUACCAAUUUAAGAAGCUUUUUUUGCUCUACGGUGGCAAAAGGGCUUUUUUUCUUUUCUCUAACCGAAAAGAUAGAGGAAAAAGCAACCCAAAACCAGAAAGUUUCGAACAACCAUGCCAAAUGCAUUGAAAGACUUUUUCCAGGUCCGUUUACGAUGAUCAAAAAGUCAUCGCACUGAGUUUUGCGUCUUGCGCAACUAAUCUACUAGGUUUGUUCCAUUUUAUGGAGCGGAAGUAAUUAAGAUUAAUUAGCUGCUAGACAGCAGGAAAUGACGUUUUCUCCAGACUCAGAAAUGGUUAAUUUUCUAGGAUUCAUACCAGCACCGAUCAUUUAUGGAAGUGUGAUUGACCUAUCGUGUAUAUUGUGGAACAGUCGCUGUCCAGGAGGUUGGUCCUUCUGAUGGAUAAACUUUGGAAAAUUCGACCUUUUAGACAAAGGAAACUGUGUCCUGUAUGACAACAACAAACUGCGUUUCGAUUUUCACAUCACAAACGCUUCGUUCCAACUUUUCGCCAUAAUUUCUGUUCUCGUGUGCUAUUUUGUUUCAAAAAGAGUCACGCUUCCGGAGGAAGAGCAGGAGCACGAGAUCGAAAUGCAAGAGAUCGAGGACCAAUAA